AUGACUGAAGAGCAGGAGCUUUCUCAUAUAGGCGCAUUAUUUAUCUGUAAGUGCUGUGGAAAGCUUGGUAUAAUUCCUGACUUCUUAAAAAAAGAAAAUCAAUCAGAAAAUCUUACGAUUUCAACAAGUCCUUCGAAAUUACGUAUCAAACUAAUACAAAAGUCUGUGAGUAUCGAUACAUCAAUUAAUUUGCAAGAUUUGGAUCAAUAUCAGAAUUUUUUACAACUAGUCCAAGAAACAGACUGUGAAGAGACGCAUUCAUUACCUCUUUGUCCACAUUGCUUACAUAGAAAGCUCGUUCAGAUUAAUUCAAUGAUUCAUCAAAUAAAAUUGCAAACUCAAGUUUUAAGAGAAUUUACUAAAGAAGAAUUCGACUCUCUUAAAGAAACAGCUCAAAAACAGAUACAAAUUUACAAAACUAAUACAAUUGCAAUGAAAAAAUAUAUUGAUCUCCCAAAUAAACAGAUGAUUUCAUUACCAAUAAAGAAAUCAGAUCUCGAACUAGACAAAAACGUAUUAAAACCAUACGAAGACAUUAAAAUCGAUUCAAAAUACUCAUUAUUUAAUCAUUUGUUUGAUAUUGACCUGAAAGAACAAAUGGGGCACAUCAAUGGACUUCGAUUAUCAAUAUUCCAUCAAGAGUUCAUACCGUUAAGCGAGUUAAACUCUGCUUUGAUGGUUAUUUGUUUUUUAAUACAAAACUUUUCAAGAAUUCUCAACAGGAACCAAGUAAAUAUACAGUUCGGAGCAACAACAUACGUUGAAUUACCUCUAAAACCAAACUCACCACCUGAAAUUAUCCCGUUUUCACUCCAAGGAUACGAUAAUAAAAGUAUUCGACUGUUUAAUGUCGCAAUUCAUGUCCUCAUGGUCAUGACAUAUGGUCUUUACUACAAAGAUGAAGCAUUUGAUCCGUAUUUUCAUCCUCCUUGCGAAAUUAACCUCCAAAAGCAUACAAUUGACGGAUUCAACUAUGAUGUCAAUCCUCAUUCUUUUUCUGACUGGAAUCUACCAAUGAAACUUUUACUUCAUGCUCUGAAAUUCAUACAAUCACAAUUGAUUUUAUAUAAUCAAUUGAAUUUAUAA